GUCGCAGUCAAUUUAUUGGGCAGAGCGUGAAGCACACUCGAUGUUCUGCUUCUAGGUUUUCCCCUUCUGUCUACAGUUUUUUUUCCCGGCCGAACCUGACUGUCCAAAAACAACACAUUCUAACCCGGUUUCUGUCGGAGCCGCCAUGAGUUCCGGCCCGGAUAAGGAACCAGAAAACGCGCCGCCGGGACCACAAGAAGCCGAGAAGAAGCCGCCGAUCAAACCAAUUCAGCUUCCAUCGGUAGAGGAAAUUCGAGGCCAAGACAUAUGGAAUAACUGCGCAGUUCGCAGCGUCGCCAGUGGCAUUAUGGGAGGGGGGCUAGGACUAGGAAUGGGUCUGUUUUUGGGCUCUCUGGACACUCAUAUAUUGGAUGAGGAAAUGAGUAGUAAGCAAAAAAUUGUGUACCAAGCAAAGCAGAUGGGUCGAAGGAGUUGGAGUUCCUGCAAGACUUUUGCUGUUAUGGGUUUCAUUUUCUCCGCUGCCGAAUGUGCUAUCGAGAAGGCUCGGGCGAAACAUGACACUACCAAUACAGCUGUUGCUGGAUGUGUUACUGGAGGCACAUUAUCAGCUCGAGGAGGUCCGAAAGCUGCAUGUGUUGGCUGUGCCGGCUUUGCUGCAUUCUCAGUUGUGAUUGAGAAGUUCUUAGAGAGACUUAACUAACAAUUUGCAAUGUUAUUAAUACCCAACUGGAAGCUUUUCACCAUUCUUUCUACCUCCAAAAUUGGUGUUCGAGUAUUUACUCUCUCUAAUUAUUAGAAUUGAGAGAGAUUUUUGUUGAAGGUGUUCUGUACCGUAUAUUAAAUGCUUUUUCUUGAUUUCUUAAAGGUCAUCACAUACAAACUUGGUUAGGUAAUACAAAUUAAUUUUGUUUGGGAGUAGUAUUUCUGUGGGGAAUGGUUCAUGUUCAUGUCCCUACUCUUAUGGUGCAACCUGUAUUAAUUUAUCUCUUGCUUGCUUGAGUUUGUACUUUGUAGUGUAACCUUUCUUUUAUUGGAAAUAUACUCUCUUCUAGUCUUCUCCA